GAGAAACCUCCUUAACCUCAAAUUAGAAAAAUUUCAAAUCUCUGUCUGUAAUCAGAUUCAUAAUAAUCUUAAUCUACAUUUUACCGAUAUAAUAACUCAGAGCUAAAGCUAGGCUACCAUCUAAUUUUGCUAUGCUAUUUCUGUGAUGUCUUCAAACGUAAGUGACGACGAGGAUGUUCCACAGUUAUCAGCAGAAACGUUCGCUGUUUUGCAAGAAUUUUAUAAAGAACAGGAAGAACGCGAAAGCAACUUGGUAUUAGAUACGGACCCGAACGCUUCUCUGGAGGAAGAUUGGCAACUCAGUCAGUUUUGGUAUGACGAUCACACGAUAGAUGUAUUAGUAGAUGUAGCUUUGAAAUCGGUUGGUGAUAAUGGAAAGAUAGCUUUAGUUUCAUGCCCGACACUGUAUAAGAAAAUGCGAAGGAAAGCUAAAGAGAAUUGUGAAAUUACUUUAUUCGAGUAUGACAAGAGGUUUUCCGUAUACGGCAAAGACUUCAUAUUCUAUGACUACAAAUCCCCACUAGAUGUUCCAAGAGAUAAGUCUGACUACUACGAUUUAGUUAUUGCGGAUCCCCCAUUUCUGUCUGAUGAAUGUCUGACAAAAACUGCUGUUACCAUCAGAUUUUUAACGAAAGACAAGAUAAUAUUGUGCACCGGUGCUGUAAUGGCAGACAUGGCCAAAAGGUUGCUGGACCUGCAGAAAAGUUCUUUUGAGCCGAGACACAAGAAUAAUUUGGCCAAUGAGUUUUGGUGCUACUCGAACUUCAACUUGGACGAACUACUGUGAUGAAUAAAUGAAAAAAACUCUCGUUUU